CUUUGGUCUAAGAAAAAUAAGACGUGACCUCAUCCCUUGUUAAUACGACAUCACCAAACCCACAUUAUACCAACAGACAUCACUACUGCCAUAUCAGGAUUUAAACCCACAUAGCUCAGAUGACAAGCAAGAGUGAUUUUGAUACUCAAUAACUAAGAUGGAUGACACUCAAGAAUUGGAGUGUACACAAGUACUAUCUGAUAACUGGGAUGAUGAAGGAUCUGUCUCAGGUGAACCCUGUCUUGCUGGUUGGCUGGAAGUUUAUGGAAUUCGUCAUGACAUUUAUGAAGGAGAAACUAAGAUUGGGCGUGAUGCAGCGUCGUGUAAGAUAGUGUUACAGCAUAAGGUUCUCUCCAACCAACAUGCUGUCAUUGAUGUUGAGGAAGGCCUACAUACCAUUGCAGACUUGGGUAGUAGGAACAAAACCAGACUUGGGAAGAUGAUACUGAAGCCCAAUGUACGGUAUGCCUUGCAAGGUGGAGAAACUAUCACAUUUGGGAAUGUACAAACCAAGUACAUAGUUAAACCAAAGGAGGUUCAGAACAAUGACAGUGGGUCAGAGACUGGAUCAGAAUCUAUGUUUUUGUUGGAUGGUUCUGAAGACAGACCCACCUCACCUGUAUCCACUCAUCGAUUAUCAGACAUCAUACCUGCGACCCCUGCAACUACGAGGGCACACACAACCACAACCGGCAGUGAUGGGAAUUUAUUUGUAUCUGAAUCACCAUCAACGUCACAGAGUACACCCUUUCCAGACAAAAGUACCAGGAUGACAGUGUCAGAGUCUCCAAACAAUUUAUCAGCUAUACGGAAUUUGGAUGAGGAUAAGGAUGGCAGCUCGUUCUUCUUUGAACCCUCUCAACCUCCCAAAGCGAAACCAACCAACACACCUGAAUAUUCAAAUGCUAAACCUGGCAGGGUUAGUUUUGAAAAGUCUGAAAUUGAAGAGUCCAUUAGUGAUGCGAGCACUGAUAUUGAAGAUGAUGAGGUACCACCGCAGCUGUUUGGUGAGAAUGAAUGUCAGAAUGUCUCUAAUACUUCUCACACAACAAGCAGGGAUAAAGACAACACUAAAGAAGGUAGUGAAGGAGACUUGCCAGAUUCUAAAGUAAUGGGUGCACUCAAUGAUAAGGAUAGUGAAACUACAGGUGAUUCUGAAGAGACUAAGAAUAAUAAUUCUAACACUAAUAUUGAGGAAGACAUUUUCAAUCAGCCAACUCAAGCUUUCUCCAUCGUAGAGAAGUCUCCAAAAUUGGCAGGAAAUAUCAGUGACAGAAGUAACUUAUCACCUAUUCAAAAAUAUAUUGACUCUACACAGGAAAUUAUGGAAGCUUUUGAACUUACAGAUGAAAAAAAUAUUGAUGAUGAUGAUGAUGAUACGGAUGAUGAAACAUUACUGCCCACACAGCCUUUCAUUGCAAGUCAAAGUCCUACUUGUAACAAAUUUCAAAAUGUGGAUGAUGAUGUACCCACUCAGUUGUUUUUGGAUAGUGAAGAUUUUGUAUUUAAGAAGCCUUUUGCCACAGUACCCAAAUUAAAAAACAAAAUUGCAGAUUCUUCAGCAACUGGAAAGGAUGAUGACAUUCCAGAUGAAUUGCUUAGUGAAACUACCAAUGGUGAUAUUUUAGAUACUCCCACUCAACCAUAUUUAUAUGACGACCAACAUGAAACAGCAAAAUGCAAUGACAGUAUUCUGGAUGCUCCAACCUUGCCUUUUGAUGACACAAGCAGGAUUUUACAAAAUAAAAAAUCUGACGAAGAUGAUGAUGACGAUGAUGAUGACAUUGAGAGUAUAUUCAAUCAACCUACUCAGCCUUAUUCAGCUAUUGAUAAUGAUACCUCCUGUAAUGAAGAUGCACCCACUCAGUACUUUGAUCCAGUACCUGAAAAUGAGAUAUCCAGAGAAGAGAAUAAAUCUAUUAAAAGUGAGGAUGAGUCAGACAUAUUUAAUCAGCCUACUCAGGUAUAUUCAGCACCCAACGAUGAUACUGAUGUAGAUCCCAAUGCUUUAACUCAGCCAUAUGCUGAUGAACCAGAAAACAAAGGUGUUAAAGAGAGCGCAUGUGCAAAGAGAAGGAGCAUCACUUCUAAGCAAAUUUUAUCCCCAGUUCCUACUGGAGAACACGUUAUGGCAGACGAUAUAAAUGAUGAUUUACCCCCUACGCAGAUAUUUACUGUACAUUCUCCAGUGACUGAAGCACCAUUACCCGCAGCAGCAGAUGAUAAUGAUAUUACCCCAACUCAACUAUAUGUACUUGAAACUGAUAAAAAUAAAUUAUUCCCAACACCUACUGGAGCACAUGAUAUGGCAGACAAUAUAAAUGAUGAUGAUGAUGAUGAUUUACCCCCUACGCAGAUAUUUACUGUCGAUUCUCCAGUGGCUGAAGCACCAUUGCCAGCAGUAAUGGAUGAUGAUAUGGUCCAAAUGAAACCUACUCAAGUAUUUACUGAUGAUAGUAACAAGAAAGUUGAUGGACCUCCACAUUCAACACCUGGUGACACUAGGCAACACAGUAAGGAGCCACUACGGGGUAUUUCUCAGACCUGGGGUAAGUUGGAUGCUGAGGUAACACAGGAUAUAUCCCUUGAUAGUUUGUCAGGCAUUAAGGAAACAGGUUCAGACCCUAGAGAAUCUAAACUAAUGUUGGAAGAAAAGGAUAAGUUUAAGGAUACUAACUUAAAUGAUACUUUUUCUGAUGCAUCUGAAACAUUGUUGAAUGAUAAGCAAAUAGAGGAUGAAGAUGAUGAAUAUCUCUCAGACUUAAAAUACAAAAACGAUAAUAAUGCUUCUUCAUCUUCCAAAGGCAAUUUACUUUUUAAAAGUGAAUCAGAAAAAUAUGACCUUGAUCAAGCAGGAAAGAAGAUAGAAAAUAUAAUGAAAGAUGAUGAAAGUGAUAAUAUAGUUUGUGGGAUGAAAGAACACAUAAACAAGAAUAGUAAUGAAGUACCAGUAGUUGAACAAAUGAAGGAGGAUUAUAAUUCAGAUGAAAGUACUGAUAUUGAAGACGAAAUUUCAACCAGACAUAAAAUUGUAAAGCUUAUUUCGAAUGCAUCUUCAACCCCAAUGAAAGAAAGUGUAAAAUCAUGUCCAGAAACUGCAUAUAAUUACAAAAUGACUUUUGAGUUUAAGCGAGGGUCAAGAAUGGCUCCUGUUGCUGUGGCAUCAACAGCAGCUAGGCACUCAACCCAGGAUUCUGAUACCUCAGUUGAUUUAACAUAUUUAAAGUUCAGUCUUCCUGAUAGUGAAGAAAAUGAAAGUCAAGAAAAUUUUUUUGAAACUUCACAAACUCCAGGAAAAGAGAGGAAAGUUACUGGCCCUCACGACCCACAAGCUCUUAGCAGUAGUGAUUCUGAGGAUGUUGGGUGGAACAUCUCCCAAAGGUUAUUCGAAUUAUCUCCAGAAUGUGAUGGUGUAAACAAUGAAAAGGUAACUGAUGGUGAAAAUACAAACAAAAUUGAAGAUAAUGCUUCAGAGAAAGCUGAAGUAUUCAGGAAAAGUUCAGACAUUGGUCAAAAACAUCAAGACCAAGAAGGCAAUACUACUUUAUUGAAAAGGAUAGAAAAGGGUAACCCCAAAGAACUAAAAAAACUACUUGAUGCUGGAGAAAUAAACAAUGAACCAAAUAAUAGCAUUAGGAAUGAAACUGUGUGUGGCAGUGGUUUAGGAAAUUACUUUUCUCCUAUAGUAACUCCAAAGAGAGUAAAAGGACAAAGGCCAACAAGAAGAAUACGAUCAUCUUUAUCAUUUGAUAAUGUAAGUGAUGAUAAGUUUGAUGCUAAAAGAAAGACAAAAAGAAAAACUUUAUAUAAUGAUGAGUCGGGGAGUGAUAUAAGCGAUAAAUUUUCUGGAUUUGAUGAAUCCUCUUGUGAAAGACAAAAGGAAUGUACUACAGACAAGGUAAAUGAAGAAAAACCAAAAUCUGAAUCCAGAACAGUACAGGAAGUUAUAACAAAAGCAAGAAUGAAAGAUGAUGAAAUUUCGUCAAAUGCAUGUGAGGGUAAAUCUUCAGAAGCGGGGGUGACCACUGCUAGUGAUGAUUAUGUGGAAGACCAACAGCAAAUGAAAGACAAAAUAAAGGAAACAGAGCCAAACAAAAGUGAUAAGCAGUCAUUAACCGGAAGACAGACUAGGAGAAAAGAGAAAGAAAAUAAAGAGGGUCUAUUGCCUGUAAGAGUUCAAAGAAAAAGUAGUAGAGUUAUGAAAAUUGAAGUUGAAGAAAAAAAUUCACCAAAACAUAAGACAAGGAUACAGACCAAGGAAUCAGACUGUGAACCAUCAAGUAAACAAUUCUCUGCAUCUAGGGGCAGUGUGGCAGGAGUAACAAUAGAUGAUGUUCAAAGCUCUCGCCGAAGUGGUCGUAAAAGAAACAAUUCUGAUGCCAGUAAUUUAAGUCACCUCAGUAGCAUCAGUAACCAAAGUACAUCAAGGAGGAGUAUUCCACACACAAGGUCUUCAAAAGAUCAUGUUAAGGGGGGAAGAAGUCAGGCACAUAAUAUUGAUGAAUGUAAACCUGUUGUCUCAUCAGUGGAACUUAAAGAAGAUGAGAGUAAAGUUAGGGAAAGUAAGAUGGAAGUUUUAGGUAAUAGUCCUUCUGUUACUGAAGAUAAUAGAGAGCCUGAAAAGAAGCCUGAUUCGGCUCUGGGGGAAAAUAGUGCAAAAUCAGGUGAUAAAACAAAAUCUAUUAAAAAGCAGACACGUAGAAGCAGCAGGAACCCUGAGCCUCUGGUAAUAAAAAGUGGCAAAAAUAAAGCAAGUAAUAAGGAACAUACAAAAGAGGACGUUCUUAAUGAGAAUACAUGUAGUAGUAAAAUUAUAAUACAGGAAGAUUCAAAUGCAGAGUUGAAGAAACCAGACAACUUGACUGAAGGACUGGCCAGGACAAGUAGAGUUCGCAAGGUACCAAAGAGAUUUUCCCCAGGUAAAGAUGUUGCUCAUGAAACGUCACAAGCAACCUCAACUAGAAGUAGAGGACGGCUUCGGAAAUUGGAUAUUUCAGAAGUUUUGCUUGAAUCCUCGACUGAAAUAUUACCAGCAAAAACAAGGAGGGGGUCAGCCAUACCUAAAUUGCAUGUAUCUACUGCAACAGAGAACUGUGAGUUAGAAAUAUUGCCAGCAAGGCAAAGAAGUAAUACAAAAUUAAGUUUAGCCACUGAUGACACUGAAAAAACAAAAAAAUCAGCACCAGUUUCCAAAAAGAAAUGCAAAUCUACUUCAAAAAAUCCCCAAAAUCUAGAAGAGAAAUCAGAAGCUACUCAACAUGAGUCUACAAAUCAUCAGAGCAAAAAGAAACAGACACAAACUGCUCGUAAAGCUAGAGCCAGUAUCGCUACACCCCUUCUUACUUUUAAAGAAGAUCCUGUUAUUCCAAAGAAACUAAGGCAUAGUAUUAUUGUGCAGCAGAAAAUAAAUGAAGAUAGUAAAAAUAUUGCAGAAGUAAAAAAUAUACAAACAAAAGAUAAGAAAACCAAAAUGAGUGCCAAGGAGAAAGUUACACUAGAGGAUAAGAGCAAACCUGCAGCAGCUGACCAGUUACACAUUUCUAAGAAGGAAAUCCUAAAACAAGGACAACUUAAAAGAGGAAAUACUAAUGACAACUCAGAAGAGGAAACCGGAUCAAGUCAGUCAAGUGAUGAUAGUCACGUUUCACUGAGAUCCAAGAGGAUGAGAGGCAGUGGUUACUCCAAAGCCCCGUCAUCGUCUUCUUCCAGAUCUUCAAGGAGUGGGAGAAGUAGAAUGGGUUCACCAUCUCAGAAGGACAUAUUGCUGUGGUCACCAUCCCAGAGGCAGCAACAGGCCAGUACUAAACCAAGAGUUCUCUUCACUGGCUACAAGGAUACGCUAGAUGAAAAAAUUGUUACUGACUUGGGAGGUAUGGUUGUGGAGUCUCCACGAGAGUGUUCUGUACUUGUCACUACAAAUGUACGGAGAACAUUCAAGCUGUUGGCUGUUAUUGGCAGAGGUCUACCCAUAGUUACUCCUACUUGGAUCUCGACUUCAAAACUAGCUGGAAACUUUGUUGAUCCUUGGAAAUAUUUGGUGAAAGACACAGAAUCUGAGAACAAAUUUGGAUUUCAAUUGAGCCAAUCCCUAAAAUCUGCAAAAACAGUUUUGCUCUUUGAGGGAUUGUCAAUUCAUGCAACUGACUCAGUCAAACCAGCUCCAGACCAGAUGAAAGAAAUUGUUGAAUGCUCUGGUGGGGAGUACCUGGAUAUGCCCCCAAAGAAAUAUGCACCACAACUGAGAAUAGUUUCCUGUCUGGAGGAUAAACACCAAUGGACUUCUUUCAAGAAAAUGGGAAUUCCUAUUCUAGGGACAGAGUUCAUCCUCACAGGUUUAUUGCGUCAUGAGCUGCUUCUGGAUGACUUUUAUUUGGAAUAGAAAGACAAAUUUCACCAUUAUAUUACAUAAUGGCACUGUAUUAGGCAACAAAUCUCUUGCAAUGUACAUUUUUAUUUUUACAUUAUAUAUGUGUACUGUAUUGGAAAACAAUGUUUUUUGAAGAAAUAUUGUUAUCUACUUGUAGUAUGCCUCAAAAGAACUGUACCUGUUUACCUCUUGUGUUUUAACCUUAUAAAUUAUGUAAUUCAAUGCUAAAUCAAUCAUUUUAUUUUUGAAGCUUACUUUAAAACUUUUUGUUUUAAUGUAAGUUUAGCUGGAGUCUUUACAGUAAUCUUUUUGCCAUGAUGACAUACUCAGUUCAUCCUAGGAGGCCGAGAGUGGCCAAAAUUAACUCGGGAUGUAAUGGGAGAAAGGCCAGGUUUGUCUAUAUCUGCCUCGAUGCUUCCACAAAGUCUCAUAUAUGCUGCUAUGAACAAUAUUAGACAUCCACCCACUAUAGACCCAAACAGUGAUGUCUUGACCUCCUGUGGGUUCCACAGGAGGCCAUGUCCUCAGAAGUGGAAGGGUGUUUUGUGUGAUGUCACAAUAUUGUAGUAAAUAUGGCAGAGUCAUGGGAUAUUAUUGAGAUUCAAGAGGUUAAGAAUAUAUUCCCAAAUUAGAGCAGUGUGAAGCUGGAGCACAUCAUGAGAAACCCUCAGGUGAUGGUGUUUCCCAGACAACGAGCGAAAAUUAAACAUUUUCAGUUACAAUAAAUAUAUACUGUACAAUCACAUAUUUACUGUAUACAUGUAAUAAUAAUAAACGGUUUAUUAAUAAAGUUGCAGUCGGUGGCUGAAAAUAUA